AUGCCAGCUGACUUUGACAAGCAAGAAUACUGGCACGACCGCUUCGCCAAGGAGACCCGCUUCGAGUGGCUGGCGACAUCGGACGAGUUCAUGCGCAUCCUCGAGGCGGACACGGACUUCUCAAAACUACUACAGCGCAGCCCUGCCCUGUCCACCUCGCCCUCAUCCCCACCGCCUCGCAUCCUCCACGUCGGCUUCGGCACCAGCGACCUGCAGAACCACCUCCGGGCCGCCGGGCUCGAGAGCGUGCUCAACGUCGACUACGAGCCGCUCGCCGUGGAGCGCGGGCGUUCGCACGAGGAGGGCCGCUUCGGUGACGUGAGGAUGGGAUACGCGGUCGCGGACGCGACGAGGCUGGACGUGGACCUUGGGCGGGUGGCGCAGGCGGCGGGGGGUGAGCAGCCUGAAGACCAAACCCCAAGAUUCGAUCUCGUCAUCGACAAGAGCACAGUCGACGCGGUGUCGUGCGGCGGCGAGGAGGUGGUCCUGAGGAUGUGCCGCGCCGUCAGGAGAUGUCUCGCCCCUGGGGGGUUUUGGGUCUCGCUUAGCUACUCGGCGUCGCGGUUUGACAUCGAGGGGUUGCCGUUCCGGUGUGAGGUCAUCGCGAGGAUCCCGACGAUGAAGUUCAGGGAGACGGAUCCUGAUGUUUAUCACCAUUGCUAUAAAUUGACGCUGGGGGAUGAGCCGUGA